UCCUCUGGUCUGCUGCUCGUCUCUGAGGUGACACCACACUAAACUCUCUGCUGAAGAAGAAUCAGUAUCUGCAAACCCUCUAAUCCAGGAGUUACAGUGUGGGGGUUCACCUGUCCUCCCCUGUAGCCUCCAUCAGGGUUCGACCUCUGCACCUGUCUGGACUUGUCCAGCAGGUGAAGGGGAUUCUCCAGCUUUGUGGUGUUUUCUCAGCUGACCGUAGAUCCCUGCAUGUUCAUUUGCCUGGAUUACAGCUUUGUAUUCGUCUGUCUCUUCAAACUAACUCUCCUCCCUCCAGUCCAACCCCCCUCCAAUGCUGUCUAGCCCAGUCUGAGCCUGGCUGACAGUCUGGCUGCUGGUAGGUGCACAGCUGAAGAGUUUUCCUGCUGGAGCAGCUUCAUACAAAUAUUCUGGAGAAAGGGGUGAAAGGAGCAUUGUCUGCAGUGAGAGUGAGACAGCAGAAGCGUCAAUCUACAACAAGGAAUUAGAAGUUCAGAGGACAGCAGGUAUGAAACCCCCUGCAGUGACGGUGGGCCUCUCCCUGCUGGCAAUUUGCUGUCUGAUGGUCCCCCAAAGAGGGGAGACCGCUGGGAGGCUCAUGUCUCUGCAGCAGUCUGAAGGGGAGACGCUGACGGAGGACCACAAGUCCCUGGAUGACCCAGACAGGGUGCAGGCACUUGCAGGGGACCCACACCCACUUGAGAGCAGCAUCAAAGCCGGGACUGACUCAGAAGGAGCUGCACAGGCAGGCCUUCUGAGCAGGUUGAGGAGAGCACCUGAUGAAAGCAAGAAGAAGAAGAAGAAGGACAAGAAGAAUAAAGACCCAAGUGCCACAAAAAAGCCUAAAUCGGACAAGAAAGGGAAGAAAAAGGUCAAGCAGACCACAACUCCACCACCCACAACAACUCUGCCGCCCACCACAACAACAAUUCCUACUGAGCCGCCCACUGACCCAGAGGUAGAGUACUUUCCAGAUGUUGAUGAUUAUUGGAAAUCCGACUAUGACCUCUGGGGAGCUGUCUCUACACCAUCAGCACCCCAGGCUGAGACCCUUGCCACAAUUCUUCCAUAUGAUUAUUGGAACCCAGAGGGGGAAGACCCAGCUCCUCCAGUGACAGACGGCUAUGAUGACUACUGGAAGCCAGAAGAAAAAGACCUGCCUCCAUCUUAUUCUGAUGUCUAUCCUGACACAAGAAAACAAGAUGGGAGAGAACCGUACCCUCCUGCCACAGAUAACUAUGACAGUUACUGGAGGGAAUCUGACCCCACCCCCAGCAGCCCUGAUACUAAAGGCAAAACUGGAACAGAUGACAGCGACUACUGGGAUGCCACAUUUGAAGUGCCAGACAAUGCACCUUCUCCUGAUGGCAAAGAAGUUAGCCCUGAGGUGGAGGUUGAGGACGUUUUUCCAGAAGAACCCACUCCAGCUGCUCCUUUUGAGAAGACUUGGUAUGACGACUAUGAUGAAUACGGAGUGGCCAGGAAAGAAGAUGAAUUGGAUGAAAAGUGGAUGGAGAAAGAAAGAGAAAGAGCCAAGAAAGAAAGAGAAAGACAAGAGAGAGAAAGGUCGCAGAGGCUGAAGGAGGCAGAGGAACGAGCCAGGAACAGACCACGUAUCUUCAAGGAGCCAAAGAAAUGUCCUCCGCUGGGGAUGGAGUCCCAUAAGAUUGAGUCUGACCAGCUUUCAGCGUCCUCUAUGUCUCAGUAUCGUUUCGCGCCUCAGAGGGCGCGCCUCAACAUGCAGGGGUCUGAUGAGGAGGACAGCAUGAGGGGUGGAGCGUGGUGUGCAAACUCUGAGGACACUGUCCACUGGUUUGAGAUUGAUGCUCGCAAGGAGACAGAGUUCACAGGAGUCAUCACUCAAGGACGAGACUCCCUUACUGAGAGUGACUUUGUGACUUCCUACUUCCUGGCUUUCAGCAAUGACAGCAGAGAAUGGACCACCAUUCACGAUGGGUAUGCUGACUGGCUGUUCUUUGCAAACAGUGAUAAGGAAUCUCCUGUGAUGAACCGGCUCGCCGUGCCCGUGGUGGCUCGCUACAUCAGAGUCAUCCCUCAGAGCUGGAACGGCUCUCUCUGCAUGAGGCUGGAGGUUCUGGGCUGCCCCCUCUCUGAGCCAAGUGCAUUCUCAUACAGACAAAAUGAAGUAACUCCAGUGGAUUACCUGCAGUUUAGGUACCACAGCUACUCAGAGAUGGUUGCACUUAUGAAGUCAGUGAACGACGAGUGCCCCAACAUAACAAGUAUUUACAGCCUGGGACACAGCGCCAAGGGGCGGGAACUCGUGGCCAUGGUCCUCUCUGGAAACCCCACAGAGCAUGAAAUAGGUGAGCCGGAGUUACGGCUGACAGCGGGCCUACAUGGAAAUGAGGCAGUGGGAAGAGAAAUGCUCCUACUUCUCAUGCAGUAUCUUUGCAAAGAAUAUAAAGACAGAAACCCCAGAGCACAGCGCUUGGUGGAGGGAAUACGCAUCCAUCUGGUGCCGUCACUCAACCCUGAUGGACAGGAGAGGGCGUUUGAAGUGGGAUCAGAACUCAGUAGCUGGACGACUGGACACUUCACUGAAGACGGCUAUGACAUCUUCCAGAAUUUUCCUGACCUAAAUAACAUCUUGUGGGAGGCUGAAGAUAAGGGCAAAGUCCCCAAACUGACCCCCAACCAUCAUGUGCCCAUACCAGAAGACUACGAGACAAACUCUUCAAUUGCUGUGGAAACCAAAGCCAUAAUCUCCUGGAUGAAAACCAAUCCAUUUGUGUUGGGUGUGAACUUCCAAGGUGGAGAGUCACUUGUGGCUUAUCCUUAUGACAACUUACGUCUCAACAAACCCGCUGAGAGCCAGAAACCCCACAGGCGCAACAAGAGACAGUAUGAGGAUGAAGGUUUUGAUGGGACCGAAUGGGGAAGGGGCCACUAUGAGGAACCAGAGGACUGGAGGAGUCAGGGGCACACUCAGCCAGAGGAAGAGUGGCGCGGCCAAGGCUAUGAGCAUGGUUACGACCAGGGCUACGAGCAAACCUAUAACCAUGGUUACGACCAGGGCUACGAGCAAACCUACAACCAGGGUUACAACCAGAGGGAGGAAGAAGAGGAUGACAGAGGAAGGAGUGCUGGUCAUCAGUUUAGUGAGCCUGAAGAUGAACCCAGGGUGACCGCAGACGAGUCCUUCUUCAGGUGGCUGGCCAUUUCCUACGCCUCAACACACUUAACCAUGACGCACAACCACCACGGAUCCUGCCAUGGGGACACUCGCACAGGCGCCCUCGGCAUCAUCAACCGAGCCAAGUGGAGGCCAAUUACAGGCAGUAUGAAUGACUUCAGCUACUUGCACACAAACUGCUUGGAACUGUCGGUUUUCUUGGGCUGCGACAAGUUUCCUCAUCAAAGUGAACUGGCACAUGAGUGGGAGAAAAACCGAGAGGCGAUGCUUACCUUCAUGGAACAGGUGAAUCGAGGAAUUAAAGGCAUUGUGAAAGAUGAGCAGGGGAAUCCUAUUGCAAAUGCCACAAUCUCUGUAGAAGGGAUCAAUCAUGACAUUACUACAGCACCAACAGGGGACUACUGGAGGCUCCUCAACCCCGGAGAGUACCAGGUGACGGCUCGAGCUGAGGGCUUUUCCUCCAUGACUAAACUCUGCGUGGUGGGGUACGAACCAGGGGCCACCGCCUGCAGCUUUAACAUGGCCAAGUCCAACUGGGAUCGCAUCAAACAGAUUAUGGCUCUCCAUGGCAACAAGCCAAUCCGACUCAGCUACGGCAACAGCCGGACACAGAAUCCUGUGGGAUAUAUUGUCCCCAGACGUGUGCCUUUAGAUGUUGGUGAACCAGGCGUCGUGCUCACUGGCGUGCAGCGAAGGAGGCUGAGGCUGUACCGCCGUCGACAGCAGAGAAACAAGAAGCUAAGAGCAACGACGACAUUACCCCCCACAACCACCACAACACCCCCCACCACCGCAGAAACCAUCACUUCCUGGUACGACCCGUGGCCACUUUGGGAGGGACAGUCCUCAACUCACGGCGGGAUCACGGACUCUCCCCUGGAUUACAACUAUGAUUACAACAGUGAUUAAAGCAAACGUAUCAGGCUGAAUACAAGAAACAACCAAAUGCUACUAACUCUUCCCUGUCAUAUUGUACUUUAAGCUGUUUGCAAUGACAAGUAGUGAGAAUGUGGAAAUUUAAUUAUUGGAAAACUUUGUCACUUAAUAUUUUUUGAAUGACUUUAUAUAAGAAUGUUUCUGCUAGAAAAUUAGAAAAAUCGAACUUGUCUAGAAAUGUUCUGUUUUACUUUUGUUGUAAAUGAGAUUUGCUUCAAAAAAAGAUGUUUAUUUUCAACACUCAUAAAAAAGAAAACUGUAUUUACAUCACCUCAAGUGGCAGAAAUGCAGCUUGAUCAGCUGCUGCAUCAAGAGAAACGGUUUCUUCAGGCACGGAUGGUGUGCAAAUAAACUGUUAUCACACAA